GUAACUGCAUGCUGGUCUGGCUGUGGUAGAAAGAAGGUGAGAGAGAGAGCUAGAGGAAUAAAGUGCUCCGCCAGGAUCUUAUAGGAGUCCUCUUGCCUUCCUCACCUUUCUUUUCUUUUUGUAAUUUUUUUGCUUCCUGCUUGUGUCCACCUUAUUUGGGGAGGCCCUGGAGAGGAAACACAAUGGAGCGAAGAGCCUGUGGCAACUGGGCCGUUGUAUUGCUGAGAGGGGGAUGGGGUAGAGAGAGGACCGGUUCACACAGCUAACACAGCCUCCUGGCUGUAGGUUUCCAACAGCCUUUCCUCCUUUCCUCCUGGGCACAGAGUUUCCAGGCUGGGGCCUUUUUGCCUGGAACAACUACCCUUAAACUCUACUCGGACCACAUUAUUCAUUGUGAUUAUUCACUCUGUGGGAUUUAAGGAUGCAUACUGGAGUCUGAGGAAUAAAUCUCUCUGUUUCUGAAAGAGAGAAAAGGAAAAACUUUGUUCAGUGUAAUUCUUUGUUCCCCUUUCGGUUUUUUUAUUUCUGUUUCUGUUUCGUGGAGUUCAUGAAUGGAUUACAAGAUGCAUGCCAAGUCAAACGAUUUGCUGGAUUUCCAAAAACUGGAUGCCCUUCUGGAAAAAAUUGCACACUCAGUCUCUGUGAAAAGAGAGUCCAGUGAGGAGUGCAAUGGGAUCAACGGUGCUCUGUCAGUGGAGUCUGUCCCAGGGCCAAGACUGAACUGGUGUCCUGUGAACACCAGCACCCCUGCCCCUGCUCCAGCUCCAGCUCCAGCUUCUGCACCAGGGCCCGGGCCCAUGUUCAACUCCGUCAGAAUGGGGGACGGCCUGGAUACAGCACAGAUGUCGGGCAGCGGCAGCCAGGGGCAGGCCCUGUACGGCGCCAAUCCUCCACCUCCAGAAUACAUCAACGCCAACAGGCCAAAGCGCCAGACCAAUCAGCUGCAGUACCUACUCAAAGUGGUGGUGAAAACCCUGUGGAAGCACCAGUUUGCCUGGCCUUUUCAUGCACCAGUGGAUGCAAUUAAACUUGGCCUGCCUGACUACUACACAAUAAUCAAAAUUCCUAUGGACAUGGGAACAAUCAAGAAAAGGCUUGAGAACAGUUACUACUUGAAUGCCCAAGAAUGUAUUCAAGACUUCAACACAAUGUUUACCAACUGCUACAUAUACAACAAGCCUGGAGAUGACAUAGUAUUAAUGGCUGAGGCUCUCGAGAAGGCUUUCCUCCAAAAGGUCUCAGAAAUGCCUCAGGAAGAAACAGAGAUUGUUGUCAUGACAGGAAAGGGACGUGGCAGGGGUCGGAGAGAACCAGGUACCGUUCCAGGUCUUAACUUGAAACCAGGGGCCAUCAUCGACUCCUUAUCAACAACUCCUCAAACACGUGGUCUGUCAAACCUCUCAGCAGCCCCUCAGCCUCGAGCACCGGUGCAGGGCCCGCCAUCACUACCUCCCCAGCCUUUGAUGCAGGCCCUGCCAACCCAUGUAGCCCCAACGUUACCCAGCCACGCGCCGCAGCUCGGAGCACCGUACUCCCUGGCUCAGUCCGACUGUGCUCCUCAACUUCCUACCAUGACUUCUGUGCCUCUCCCUGCUCAGACUUCUCUUCCCCCUGUGUCCAUCCAGAGCACUCCCCCCAUGUUGCAGACCCCUAUAACAAUGACCAAACAAAGAAAGAGCCAAAAAAGGAAAGCAGACACUACAACACCUACAGCAAAUGAUCAGCUGAGUGAGUCUUCGCCAGCAGAGUCCAAGUCUGGGAAGACGCUACCCAGGCGAGAGAGCGUGCGACCCACAAAACUGAUCAAGAAAGAUGCUCCAGACUCUCAGCAUCACAUAAGCAUUGGGCCAGGACUUGGCGGACCAAGUGGAGGUCUUAGCCCCAAGCCUCAGGAUCAGUUGGGUUAUUGUGCUGGCCUAGUACGAGAUAUGCUGUCCAAGAAGCACGCUGCUUACGCCUGGCCGUUCUACAAACCCGUCGACGUGGACACACUGGGACUGCACGAUUAUCAUGAAAUCAUUAAACAUCCAAUGGACCUCAGCUCCAUCAAGGUCAAGUUGGAGAAUAGGCAAUACCGUGAACCGCAGGAGUUCGCCGCUGAUGUACGGUUAAUGUUUUCUAACUGCUACAAAUAUAAUCCACCAGACCAUGAAGUGGUUUCCAUGGCACGCAAAUUACAGGAUGUCUUUGAGAUGCGUUUUGCCAAGAUGCCGGAUGAACCUGAGGCCAAGCCUACAGUUUCAGCCCCUGCGCCUUUACUUCACCAUCCUGCCCCCGUUAAGCCUCAGCCUCCUUUGGCUCACGUUGCCUCAUCUUCAGACAGCUCCAGUGACUCGUCCUCUGAGUCCGAGUCUUCUACAGAUAACUCGGAGGAGGAACGAGCCCAGAGGCUGGCGGAGCUCCAGGAACAGCUGAAGGCUGUCCACGAGCAGCUGGCUGCCCUGUCUCAACCACAAACCAGUAAACCCAAGAGGAAAGAGAAGGAAAAGGAAAAGAAGGAAAAGAAGAAAGAAAAGCAUAAGAAGAAAGGCAGCAUGACUGGUCUUGUAGAUGAGAUCCAGGAUCCUACACCUAUAUUGCAGCUCUCUAAGAAAGCCAAGGCCCUUAACAAUAACAACAAAGAGAUUAAUACCAAGAAGAAAUCCAGUAAAAAGGAGGCGAUGAAAAGUAAUCAUCCUUCGAACGUGCAGCCAGUUCCCGGCCUUGAGGACGAUCUCGGAGCCGCCGGCUCAUCACUUCCAGGGGAGAAGUGCAAGCCUAUGACGUAUGAAGAGAAGAGGCAGCUAAGCCUGGACAUCAACAAGCUUCCAGGUGACAAGCUUGGCCGUGUGGUGCAUAUUAUUCAGUCCAGAGAGCCCUCGCUCAAAAACUCCAACCCUGACGAGAUUGAGAUCGACUUUGAGACGCUUAAGCCCUCCACUCUGCGUGAGCUGGAGAGAUAUGUGUCUUCCUGCCUCCGUAAGAAAAAGAAGUUUCCAGUUGAGAAGACCGUGGAGUCCAUGGCCACUUCAAAAAAGACCGGAUCUUCUUCAGAGAGCAGUGGCUCCAGCUCAGAUAGUGAAGCUGAGGGGCCAGGAAUAAUAAAACAGCAGAAAAAGAAAAGCCAGUCUGUGAAGGAGGGGAAGAAGACGCAUCCUCAAGUCCAGACCUGCCCUGCUCAGACUGGCCUUCAGCCUCAAGCCGUCGGUCCUCCAUCCGCCAAUCAGAUGAAGCAGCAGCAGCAACAUCAACCAUCUCCUGCCAGCUUCAUGGCUCCUCCCCCUGUUACUGCACUGGAGUCCUCCCAGUUGCUAGAGACUAGUUUCGACUCCCUGCCAGCGUUCGGUGGCAUGCUCAUGCCCCACAAUACAGGCAACUCAACAUCACCUCCACCUCCACAUCUAAACGCUCACUCUACCGGGCCAGUAUCCCCGGACACGCACCCCUUCCUCAACCAGCAUGCUGUCCUUCCAUCGCCAGCCCUGCAUAGCACCAUGCCCCAGCAACCUUCUCGGCCCAGUAACAAGGCAGCGCCUCUUCAUCCCAAACCCCCCCAGCAGCAACCAGCACCACCUCAGCAGCAACCGACUCUGCAGCUGCAGCAACAGCCGCAGCAGCAGCAGCAGCAGCUUCAACCCCAGCCCGUCCCCCCGCCGCAGCACCAGCUCUCCGCUCAGGUCCUCCACCCUCCUCAACCCCUGCACCAGCGGCCCCUGUCCCCCCCAACACUGACGCCUCAAGGCUUGCUGUCUUCCCAGCCUCCUCAAAUGUUGUUGGAGGAUGACGAAGAGCCGGGCUCUACAACACCUAUGAAUCAAGUGCAGUUAUACCUACAACAAUUGCAGCAAGCUCGUCAGCCGCAGCAGUCCAUGCAGUCGCUGCAGGCACAGGUUCAUCAGCAGCAACAGCAACAACUGCCGCCGCAGCAGCAGCAGACGCAGCCAGGACAGACUUCCCUCCUGCAGUCUGGCCAGGGACAAUCUCAGCUUUCCACUCAGACGUCGCUGCCUCCUCCCCAGCUCCCUGUUCAGUCUCAGGCUCCGCCACCGUCAUCACAUCAGGCCCUGCCUCCACAGAUACAACACAUACCCCUCCAUCAGGCACGGCACCUGCUGCACGCUCAACACCAACAGCAGCAAUCGCAGCAACAGCAACUGAACUAUCAGCAGGGUCCUGGACUCUCUGGUCAGUCGCAGGGGUCGCAACACAAGGUAUCCAUAUCCAGCAACAAAGCACAGCAGAUCAUCCAGCAGCAGCAGCAGCAAGAGCAGCCCUCCCCUCGUCCAACCAAAGCCGACCCGUACAACACAGCCCACAUGAGGGACAACCCAUCCCCUCUCAUGAUGCAUUCCCCACAACUUCCUCAGUAUCCACCCGUGUCUCACCAGUCUCCGCCUCACAACAUGCAGCCCAAAAAGCAGAGGGCCCCUGGAAACCAAGGUGCCAUAAAGGAAGAGAAACUUCCUCCAUCACCAGUAAUGAGAGAACAGUUUAAUCCUGCAGCGAGACCUGACCAUCUCAAACAUCCUGAAAACAAGCCUACUCAGCCAGGUCACGGCCAACAGAAUGUAAGGUCCAUUGACAGCUCGCGGCCUGUCAUCCGCUCUUCAGAACCCAGUGGGCCUCCCUCCUCCCUCCAAGAGAAGGACAAGUUUAAGCAUGAGCCCAAAACCCCCAUUGCCCCUAAAAAGGUACAGGAGGUGAAACUGAAGAAUAUGGGCUCGUGGGCCAGCCUAGCACAAAAGUCCACGUCUACGCCAUCCUCUGCAGUGAAAUCCUCGAGUGACAGUUUUGAGCAGUUCCGUCGUGCUGCUCGGGAGAAAGAAGAGAGGGAGAAAGCGCUGAAGGCCCAGGCUGAGCAGGCGGAGAAAGACAGGCUACGGAGAGAGCAGGACAAACUACGAGGUCGGGAUGAAGAGGACUUGAUGGAGCCGAGCAGAAGGGUGCACGAGGAGCCUCGCAGACGCCUCGAACCGCAGCACGUCCAAACGCCGUCGCAACCGCAGCAACAGCCGCAGCAGCAGGUGCAGCCGGAGCCCCAGCCGGCCGCGAUUCAGCAGCCUCCUCAACCCCCCACGCCGCCCCAGCCCUCCGCACAAAACCCACUCGACCAACAAAGGGAGCUCGCACGACGGCGAGAGCAGGAAAGGAGGAGGCGGGAAGCGAUGGCAGCGACUAUUGACAUGAAUCUCCAAAGUGAAUUAAUGGCUAUCUUUGAGGAGAACCUGUUUUGAGGAAAGGAACAAGUGAAACAUAAUUGCAACAAAACAAAACAAAAAAACAACAAAAGAGGAUGAUGUAAAGUUCCUUCUCCGUAAGAUCUGGCGCCCAUCCCUUAAGAGGAUCACAGACACUCUCCACAUCUGUGACGAGCCACGUUGAGAUUGAGUCAAAACUCUGGACAAGCAGUCACGGCUCACUUUUGCCUCACGAGACUGAGGAAGUCUCAUCGUUUCGGAUGUCAUUUCCUGGGAAUUUGCUUGUCGGAUAUCUCAAAAUGAGAGAAAAAGGACCUCUGCUGGCGUAGCCGGCUUUGUCCCAUGUGAUGCUCAUUCUGUGCGACUGACGCAGAGACCGCAGGAGUAACGGCGCCCCGGCGAUGAGGAAAAACGCUCUGAUGUACUGACGGACUGUGCAGAUGCAUUUUGAAACUGCCAGAUGUCGGAAAUGGUGAAGAAAAAAACUCUUAUUUUCUGUUUUGUUUAUUUUAAUUGAACACAUUUUUUUUCUUUUUUUUUUGUUGGGAGGGGGGUGUCAACUUCCAUACUGUAAAUCAUGUAUAUUUCUCAGCAGAGAAGUUAGUUUGCCUUACACCUCUUUCCUAAACAGACAAGUAUGUUCUAUGGCCUGCACACACGGACAAACAACAUUUACAGACAGGACCAGAAGCCGUGCAGACCCUUUUUUCAUCAUAUAGUAUCUACUGUAUAGAAGUAUUUUCUAAAACUACAAUAACUGUUUAUUUUGGAUCUUUCUUCUUUCCUCUUUAGCUCUUUGAAUCUUUACACCAACACACUCCACGACCACCACCACUGAUGCCAAACAACCUGAUAUCUUUAAAUUACUUGUCCUAAAACGGUAGAUAGAUAGUGGAAGAAUCCGGUGAAUAUAUGCAUUAUCAUAGCCAGUGAGUAUUUAUCGAAGACAGAAUCUGUUUUCAUCUUGCCUUGUACUUGUCAUUUAAAACUACAACGGAAACUGUUAGCAGAAGAGGGAGAGAGCCACUUGUUUCUCAGCUUUAGAUUUCACUACAAGUGUUGCCUCGUUAAUUGUAUUACACUUCUCGUUGCCCUGUUCACAGCGGUUACACUUCUGGCUCAGUUAAGCCUCUUUGCGUUCCUGUCGAGUGCUCUCUGAUCUGAUGUAGGAAGGGAAUAAGACAAACAUUUGUACUUGAAAAGGCUCGUUUAAAAAAAAAAAAAAAGCAAAUGGGACCAGACGGAGCUCUUAGUUUGCAUCAAAUCAUCUUCAAAUCUACAGAGGGCACACUGUUGACAGUACAAAGAGAAAAAAAUUCAAACGUCAAAAUGGAAAAUGAUGAAAUAACAAUUUUGAUUUAUAUCUGUUCUUGUUUGAUAAUAGUGGAUGUGAGUUCUAAUUCUGUUGAUGGAGAUCUUGUUGGAGCGGAGCUGGGCUGAUAUCGGAGCGUAUCUCGUCCACUCCACCCGUCUCUUAUAGUGUUUUUCUCCAGUGCCUGUAUCGUAUUGCAAUUCUUGUUGGCUUAUAUUACACUUGGAGGGGGGUUAGAAAGGGUCGCGUCGGCAGCGGGAGGUGUAAUAUUUGAAAGGGGAGGGAGGUUUUGAACGAUUUUGUGUUUUAAAAAAAAAAAAAGAAAAAAAAGGAAUUUACAAAAAAAAAAGAGGAAAAGACAGCAUUUUAUAUUUUACCCGUUGUCAAUAUUCGGAUUUUAAAUUUAGUUUUAGCUGGACUUCUAUGAGUGUACACACCUGACAACUACUUUUCAUUUUGUUCCAUCAGCAGAUUUUAAGUAGAUAUGUUUCAGCGUUGCCACACUAGCGUCUGAGUCUGAUUUGUGAGUGUGACUGUAAAUUUGGAUGACUGCGUGUGUGUUGGUUUUGUUAAAAAAAAAUUCAGUGUGGUGCAAGAAGGCAUGUUCCCGAUGUAGAUAAGCGUUCUGUUGAUGAGGAGUCUAAAAACAAGAGCAGUCCUUGAGGAGAACUCAUUUAGUGCUUCAUUUACCUUUACUUUCUAUGAAGUACACCAUGUAUGAAUAUAUAAUUUUAUUAUUAGAAGGGUUACAAAGACAUUCAUUCCUUUUUAGCCUUUUUUUUCUUAUCACAAUAACUUGGAAUAACGUGCCAUGGGUUCUCCAGAGAAUGUGCUGACCUGCAGCUCAGCCCAGAGUUUGCUUUAUUCAGGUAUUUUCUUUUUUUUUUUUGUUCGUUUGUUUUUGUUUCAUUUGUUCUGUUUUUGGGCUCAUGUUGAAACAUUUUCUUCAAUUUUUGUUUGGUAUGUGAGUGGUCUCUCGAGGUCUCUAAUUAAGUCUGUUAUGAUCAUUGAAUAAACUCAUCUCUUUUAUAGAAAAUAAAAAAUAAAUAAAUAAAA